AUGUAUGACGGAAAUCCAGAGGCAUCGAUUUUAGUUCGAGUUCUAGCAAGGAUCGAGUUAAGGAUGGUUGGAAUCACCGGGGUGUUACUGUACGGGGAAAGGAUUAUUAAUAUCGUCUUGAUUUUAACGAUUUAACAAAAUAUAGCAUGAUUUGAUGUAAACUACCUGUAAGAGAACUAGAUAACGAUCCUGAACGAAAAUGUCCGCAGAUAGGACUCGGCAAAAGGGUUUCUCUCUUCGUACGCCAGGAAAUUUGAGUGUUCUUAAAUGAACUGGCAUGUUUCACCACCCAGGGAAUGUCAAGUCAGAUAAAUACUAGAAUACACCUCAGGGGUCCUAAUAUGAAUGACAGGGUGCGCCACGACAGGAAAUUGAGGAACUUGUGCAGUACGAAUUCUGGUUAAAUAACUAAAAACAUUACCUAGUAGCACUCAGAGGUGAAUAUACAGUGUGCUAACAACAUUGUUUUGAAUUUCCAGUUUAAAUAAUCAAAAAUAAAACCUCUGCUGCUACUAGUACCUAUUAGAAUGAGAUAUUAAAAUUAUGGAAAUUACCUUUUUUUCAGAGGUCGAAGCUAUAUAGCAUAUUCAAAUGAUUUGAAGUAAAAGUGAGCUAUAGUGUGCCUUCUUUCACCUAGAAAGAGAUUGUUUACAGCUGCGGAGAUGCUGAAGAUUGGAAAUUGUUAAAAUCUUAAAAAGACUUAUGGCCACGACUUCACACACUGUGGAAAUUUUUCAGGAUACCUUCAUCGAUAUGCCCACAGGCUUUUAAUACUGAAAUAUAUACUUUAACUCCUAUAAAAAUUAUCUGUAUAUUCCGAGCGUUCCAAGCCCUCUGCUCCUUCCUUAAACAACUUCGAAACCAACCACAGGUUUUCUGAUCAUUUCCAGGAUUGUAAUCAGCAUUAAAAAGGGAAAGGAGCACAGUUGGCGACAUUGUUUCAAAAUGUGUUCAUUUUAUCACCUUACUAAUUAUCUCAAGAAUUUUAUCGAGGAUUGCAGUAGCAUCCAGUGAUACAUGCAAGAGCACCUCUUUAGUUGAUAUUUGGAAAAAGUAUUACCAACGCUGUUUACUCGUCUCUUUAGAUCCCCUCCGUAAGGUAGACAAGGGAGACUAGAGAGUCUAGUGGUCGUCAUUUGUGACUCUCGAGGAAGAAGUGCACUGUAGCUUUGCAAACGUAUAAUAAGCUUGCUAAACCUUCACGAGUAGAGCAGUUAACAUUACAGUUUUACUUUAUGCUGUUAUGUCGCAAGUGUGAGGUGAGCUUUAGAAAUUGCAGUUAUUUUCUUAUGAAAAGCGAUACGGUUGUUUUUGUCUCGUAAACUGUGCGCUGCGGUAACUCUUACCCACUCGCCAACCAUGAAGUAAAUCCGGAUCUGUUUUUUUUUUUUUUUUUUAGGCUCAAGUUAUCAUGGAUACGAAAAGCCUUCUUGCCAUAGUUUUCAUGGUGAUCGCCAUUGUUAUUCUGCUUUCUCUCACAAUCUACACUGUGGUCAAAUCAUGGAUGCAAAUAAGCAGAGAAUACGAACAGAGGCAACGUUCCUCGAUGGAAGAUACGCAUUCGUUUGGAAACACGGAAUGCGACAAUAACGAGCCUGCUGCCCCCAAUGAUACCUUUACACUAGGUGAAAAGAGCAGUGAAUAUGCACAGGCUACGUCAGACUGCUGUCAGACUGCAGAUUCGAAUCAGAAUGAACAUGGGGGAAUAAAAAGUAGCAAAUCGGCAGUAAAAACAGUUCUUGUUCAAGUUGAGACAAGCAAUGACACCAGCUUUUAA